UCCCAACCGAGAGGCGGGGUCUGACACGGUUAUACGGUUGUGAUAUGGAAACAAUCUAAAGUAUUCAGCACUGCAAUGCAUAUUUCACUGGAUCACUGAACAUUCUGAGGUCAACGACGUGAGAUACAGGGACUUCGGCGUCUCAUCCAACGGAGUGUUCGUUUACCUAAAGACGUCGGAGAGGUUUUUAUUAUCUAGUGCAUAAAGCGAAAUCGAGCUCUUAACAAAUCAUUCAAUUGGAUGAGACGUCUAAAACUCUUAUAGAAGAAAAUAGUGCCUCUGCGAUCAGAUUCUCAAAUAUCUGCAUUAAAAGGCUUACUGAAGAUUAAUUCAGAACCAAUGGGCGAAUUCGAGAUGGAUGAACUGUCUGCUACCAGGAAUCAAGGUAACACAGCAGAAGUUAUCACUACACCAGAAAACGGUUUGCUACCGGAAGUCGAGAAGAUUACAGUAGAGUAUGAAGAUAUGCCAAAGAGGUUGCUAUUCAAUGUUUCUGAUCGGACACCAUUUCACAUGGCUAUUUUCUGUGCCUUCCAGCAAGUUUUGAUAGUGUUGUCAGGAUCGUUAGCCGUAUCGUCGUUCGUGGCGGACGCAGCAUGUGCUGAUGAGUUCCCAGACAUAAAGGCAGACCUGCUCAGCUCCGCUAUGUUUAUGAGUGGCCUCACAACUCUCCUUAUGGUUUUGAUUGGUUUCAGGUUGCCCGUGUUUCAAGGAUCAUGUGCUGACUAUGUUAUACCUUUGAUGGCAAUACGAUCGCUCAAUAAGGAUUUAUGUCAUAUUCCAGAUUCACAGAUUAUUGCUCAUAACAACCUUACUAUAUCAAAUGGUAGUUAUAUUCCAAUAAAUGAAACAAUGAACAUUGUUGAUCUGAAGAGGGAACUUGCAUUUUCUAAGCUUCAAGAGUUUCAGGGUUGUCUGAUCCUGGUGGGUGUGAUUCAUUGUCUUGUCGGGUUGACGGGUACAGUUGGGUUCCUCCUCCGGUUUGUCGGACCAAUCACCAUAGUACCUACUAUAUUACUCACCGGUAUAUUUCUGUCCAGAGCGACCGCCAAAUUUUCAAAAGCUCACUGGGGUAUAUCUAGUGUGACGGCCGGGACAGCAAUACUGUUAUCACUUUACCUUGGAAACAAGAAGAUGCCUUGUCCAGCAUGGUCCAAAGCAAGAGGUUUUUACUGGUACUGGUAUCCUUUUCAUCAAGUGUUUUCGAUUUUGAUCGGUAUAUUGGUUGGAUGGGGGAUGUCGGCCAUCAUGACUGUGACAGGAGCAUUGACGAACGAUCCGGAUAAUUCUCAAUACAUGGCGCGUAUUGAUGCACGAUCAGGGAUCAUUACUACGGCUACCUGGUUCAAAAUGCCUUAUCCAAAUAGGUUCGGGCCGCCAACUUUUAAUGCUGGUAUUUUCAUCGCAUUCCUUAUCGCCACGGUCACUUCAAUCCUUGACUCCAUCGGCGAUUACUACGCAUGUGCGAGAGUGUGUAACGUGCCACCUCCACCACGACAUGCCGUCAACCGGGGGAUUGCCGUCGAGGGGUUUGGUAGUAUUCUUUCCGGGUUAUUUGGUUGUGGUCACGCAACUACCACUUCCGGCGGAAACAUCGGGGCUUUAGGAGUAACAGGGGUAGCUAGUCGAGAUGUGUUUUGGUGGGUGUCCUUGAUCUACAUCGUGUUCGGUCUCGUUGGGAAGGUCUCGGCUGUCUUCAUUACCAUUCCAGUACCUGUCCUAGGUGGCGCCAUGAUAAUAAUGUUCGGAAUGUUAAACGGUAUCAUACUCUCUAAUCUGCAAGUAGUGUCUCUAUCCUCCACUCGAAACCUAGCAAUCAUCGGGACGGCUCUGCUUGUAGGUUUGAUGGUACCUUAUUGGCUGGAGGCCUUUCCCGACGACCUCAACACAGGGAGUCCUUAUUACGACAACAUUUUGAAAUCUCUUCUUGUCAAUCCGAAUUUGUGUGGAGGAAUACUUGCCUGUUUUCUAGACAACACCGUACCAGGUACAUUGGAUGAGCGAGGUAUAACAGCAUGGCGGAAUCCAAGCAAGGGAGACAACUUGUUCCAGUAUAGUGAAGGACUAGAGGUGUACAACCCUAUUAUACCAAAAACGUGGAUGAAGUCAAGAGUCAUGAAAUACAUUCCGUUUUUUCCGUAUGAGUCGAAACAGGCGGUCAACAUCAAUAGCCAUAUUGAGUAAACAUCUUUAAAAACAUGUAGUUUUUCGUAAAUUCGAAUUUGGACAUUUCGACCAAUAUUUUAACAAUCCCGGACUUGUCUGUAAAAGUAGACAUAAUAAUAGUGUAUCCAAGAAUAUCUAUAGAAAGGUAGAGUAUAGCACACAUAAUAAUAGGGUAUCUAAGAAUAUCUAUAGAAAGAUGUAGUAUAGCACACAUAAUAAUAGGGAAUCCAAGAAUAUCUAUAGAAAGAUAGAGUAUAGCACACAUAAUAAUAGGGUAUCCAGGAAUAUCUAUAGAAACAUAGAGUAUAGCACACAUAAUAACAGGGUAUCCAGGAAUAUCUAAAGAAAGAUAGAGUAUAGCACACAUAAUAAUAGGGUAUCUAAGAAUAUCUAUAGAAGGAUGUAGUAUAGCACACAUAAUAAUAGUGUAUCCAAAAAUAUCUAAAGAAAGAUAGAGUAUAGCACACAUAAUAAUAGGGUAUCCAAGAAUAUCCAUAGAAAGAUAGGGUAUAGCACACAGAUUCAAACUUGUUUUGGGCCGAUGUUAACAGUUUGCCUGUUAUGUUUAUAUAAAUUAUUGUCUAAAAAUACUUGUCGUUUUAGAAAUGUUUU